AUGAAUAUUGAUCUAAUUAAAGUUAUUGAGAAAAAUUAACAAAAACUGGAAUAACAUAACCAAAAGCUGUCUGCCUAAGCAAAAGAUGCUUGUGCAUUAACUAUAAUUUACGGGCAUGGUCAUUUUAAGAACAGUAGUAUGGAAAGAAGUUAUGUAAGUACAAAAAAAUCAACAAAAUAAAAUUCUGUAGUUCCCAAUAAAUCUGAACUCUCUCGUCUUAUCGAUUCGUCCUCUCCAAUCUCUAUAAAAUAGUCACAUUUAGAUCAUGUUGCCUCACUCAGUCCAAAUAGGGAUGAUUUGACUAGAAUUAGAAUGGAGAAUGCUGCUUUAAAGGAGUAAAUGAAUUCUAAAGAGAAGUAUAUUGAUUAAUUGGACAAAACAAUAAUUGCGUUAAAAAAAGAGAAGAAUCUCAUGAUCUAAUAAUAUUAAAAUAUCAUCAAUCGUAUAACUAAAGAUGUAGAAAUUGGUAAGAAAAAUGCAGGCAAUGUUGAGUAAGCACUUUCGGAAUAAAUCAAAUUUUUAGAAUCAAACUUAGAAAAAAAUUAGAAUAACGAUUUUAGAAUAAAGGAAAUGGAAUCCACUAUGUAGGUCCUUAUUUUAGAAAAUGAAUAAUUAAAACAACAGAAAAAAGAUGAUUCUAAAUGGUUAAGAGAAUUGUAGGAAUAAUUUGAAAUAUUUUAUUCAAAAAGCCAAGAAACUAAAUAUAAAAUAGAGGACACAAAAUAUUUCAUUUAAAAACUCUCUGAAGUCAACUAACAUUUAAUUAACAAGUAAGCACUUCCAUUAGAAUUCUUUGUUUAGAUUAAUCAAUUACAAAAAUAAUAAAAAGUUGAUCCUAUACCACUCCCAAAAGGAAGUUCUUUGAAACUGAUCUUUGCUUAGGUCUUCUCAUUACAAAUAGAAACAUUAGUAAACUUAAAUUAAAUAUUAAAAGAGACUAAAAUGUAAGUUGAAAAAUUCUCUAAUUAAUACAUUUCUUAAGUUGGCUUGCAGUUGGUUUCUUUAUGA